CAUUUUGUAUGUGUUAGUUUCGGUCAUUCAUUUCUUAUAGGGUAGGUUAUAUCUGUGAUUACUAGUUUCAUAUAAAAACAAUAAUUCUGUUUGGUCAAACAAAAUAUGAAAAAAAUAAGAAAUUUCCUUUUCUUUGUGUUGUCAUCAUCUUGUUAAUGUUAAAGUAGUGUCCACCACAGUUUCCUUUAUUUUUCCUCACACACAUAAAGGUGAGCAAUUGAAAAAUCUACAGAGUUUGAUGGAUUUCACACAUGCGAUUCUAUUGGCAAAAGGGACAAAGAAACGGUUUGAUGCUUACCGGCAUUAAGAGCGAAAUCUGUGGCCACUUUAUAGUUUCGUUGCAAAAACAUAAAUAUUCUAAAUAUUUUUCAGGAAAGCUAUUUUCAGCAACAAUGGAUAUUACCAUAAAGAUGGAAGUAAAUAAUAUUAAAGAUGAAGAUGGUGAAACAAAUACUGUGUUGUUAAAUGAAAUUAAAGAAGAAGAUGAGCUAAUAAUUGAAAGUGAUGAACAAUGGAUACCAAUAAAAUUUGAAGAUGAACAAAAUGAUUAUUAUCAAGAAUAUUGUCAGGAAUUUAGGGAAGAUGUUUAUGUAAAAAAUGAAUCGUCCCUUGAACAUUAUAAAAUUGAAUAUUUAGAUGAAAACGAAGAUAACGAGGAAGAGGAUGAGCAGAGUGAGAAUUUUACGGAUGAUUUGUAUGAACUAAGUGAAGAAGAUGAAGAUGAUUAUGAUUAUGAGGGUGAAGAUGAUGAUACCGAUGAUGAGGAUGAAGAAGUUUAUGGUAGUUCAGAUAAUAAGGGUUACGCAAAAGAUAUAUCAAAAAAGGACCAUGUUGCAGAAGGCAAUAGAUCUAACACAAAUAGUUUAUGCAAAAUUACUUUAAAAUAUUGGCUUUUAAAAAAUCAUAUACAACAUGUUUGCCCAGAAUGUAACAAAAAUUUUGCCACAUAUAAAGAAAUGCUCAAGCAUAUAAAACUAAAGCAUAAAAAUGCUAUUGAAGAAGCUCAAAAUGAAUAUGUUAUAAGUGAAAAGUAUGGAACAUGUAAGAAAUGUCAACGAGAAUAUAAAUAUGAUUUUAAUAGGUAUAGACAUACAGUAGGACACCGUGAAAAUUCUCAAGGUUUGAGGCUGUUAAAGUGUAAAAUGUGCAGUUAUAAAACCACAAAAUAUAUACAAACACAUUUCGUUGCACAGCAUCCGGAUAUUGUGAAGGAAUAUAAAAAAUUGUUUAAUGACAAAGAAACAAACAAGUGUCCAAUUUGUCAUUACACUUUUGUGAACAAUCCGAACCAGAAAAUUUGGCAUCACUUUAUGGACAAACAUCCUCAGGAAUAUAAAGAUAAAUUUCUUUACAAUUGUCAUCUAUGCCAGCAUGAAAGAUUCGCUGACGAGCAACUGUAUUUGAACCAUUUAAUGGUAGAACAUGACUUAAAUUGCUGGAAAAAAUUAAAUUUUCGGAAAAUUUUUGCCGAUAAGGAAUACUUAGCCUGUGGUAAAUGUCAUAUAAUUUAUCUUAGAAAUGAUACAAGUAAAUUACUAAAACAUUAUCUAGAACAUGAUAACACGAUCUUUUGGUCGUGUAGAUUUUGUGGGAAAAAACGUACUUAUAGAGAUACAGGGCGCAGUGGUCACAUGUGUACUAAAAUGAUAAGUUAUUAUACCAAACAAUAUAAAGAAGAUAAAGGAAAAAAGAAAAUAAAAAAUUUACAGGAAUUUGAAGAAUAUAUGGCACAUGUUUGUCCAUUUUGUAAAGAAGAGUUUAAUCAAUUAUUAAGUUGGCAAGAACAUUUAAGAAGUAAACAUGCAAUUGACACUCCCAAAGGUUUGGAGAUGAAGGUUGCAGCUGCUGACAACAAUAAAUUACAUUGUAACAUUUGUCAUUCGCUGGUAGCAAAUACUCCGGUACAAUUACAUUCUCAUCGUUUUAAACAUUUACCCUUUAAAGCCUAUAAAUGCCGCCACUGUAAGCAAUCAUUGGCUACAUUUAAAAGGGCUGUUAAUCAUUUGCUGAAAGGUUGUAAUGGUGACAAGGAUAUUAAUCAAGUUUUAAAACCAAAUAUGUCGGAACACACUAAGAUAGAGAUACAAUGUGCUAUUUGUAACUACCAGAAAUUCGCUGCUGUUAAAGAUGCUUUUGAUCAUUACCAAGAUAAACACAACAAUUUUGAGGAAUUCUUUACAUUAAUGGAUAAUUCUAUGUUGAUGUGCAUAGUUUGUCACGAGAAAUUUUCACAAAACGAUCAAAUGCUGCGUUUAGAACAUGUGUUUACACAUUUUGAUGAAAAGAUUUAUAAAUGUCCCUUUUGUCCAUUAUCUUAUGUCAAGCUUAGCACCUGUAACGGUCAUAAAUCCAAUAUGCACUAUUACAAACCCAUAGAAAAACCUCGAUUAAGGAUAAAUAAAAAGGAUUUACUUAACGAAAAUCAGCGCACUGCAGCUCAAUCAAAUUUACCUCAAACCGUACUGUACUCCGAGGUACUCAAUGAAUUUGCUGAAUUUAUUAGUUUCGCUUGUCCUGUCUGCAAUGAGAGCAUGUCCAAUCAAAAGGAAUGGCAUACACAUAUAACCACACAACAUGAUAUUUUUGAGAAAUCAAAGGUGUAUUUUAAAGAUUCCGAUGGAUCUCUGAAAUGUCCAACUUGUAAGACUAAAUUGAAAACAUGUUUAAACGGUUGCCUGACGCACACUUUUACACAUAUGCCUUAUCGUCCAUUUUCGUGUAAUCUGUGUUAUAUUCAUUACAAUUCUUUAACUGAACUCUAUAGACAUUGUCGUCGAAGACAUUUUGUCCGAGGCACCUAUAAGUGCCCCAAUUGUCCAGAAGUUUUAGCAACACCACACCAACAAACAGAACAUUUAAAGGAAAUGCAUCCGCUCCAUGAAUGGCCCGUUAAUAUACAGUGUUCCAUAUGUUUCGAAAUAUUCGAAAGUGAGUCUGCUUUAAAAAGGCAUUUGUUUAUACAUUAUCAUGAAUGUAUGAAAUGUGAUACCUGCGGUUCCAAAACACAUAGCAAGAAAAAAAGGAAGAGUAAGUUUAAGGUAACAAAUUGUGACGAUAGUCCUUCAGUAUCUGGUUUUAAAGAGUCUACAACAAUUAAUCCUCCGGAUGUUAGGGAAGAUUGGACAGAUUUGAAUAAUGUUGGUGUUAAAUCUAAUAAGGUAAAUUUAAAUAAUAAAAGAAAAGCUGAUAGAAAUAAUUCAGAUGUUAUGGAAGUAACAACAGAUUUGGAUAAUGUUGAUGUUAUAACGAAAAAGUCAAAUGUAAAUCUAAAAAUGUAAAUGUAGAAAUCUAAAAUCAAAUGAACAAAAUAAAUGAAUAAAAUAAAUAAAUAAUAAAAUAAAUUUUUUUGCUGUAAAA